AUGACGAGCGCGGCGGACGACGUGGCCCUCGUGCCCGGGCGCGUGCAGCGCGAUGCCUCGUCGCUGGCGCAGCGCCGCAAACGCAUGCUCGAGGAAGACGACGCUGAGGUCAUGACGCCCAAGACGCUGCGCGAGGCGUACGUGCCGCGCCCGCACGUUGCGCACGUCGGGGCGGAUCUGCAGCCGGCCGUCUUUGAUGCGCCCACGGCGCGCCUCGUCCAGCGCGCAUCGCCCACGACGACGAAACGGGCGCCUGCCUUUUUUUCGCCGCAGGACAUGGCAAGCUCCGACCGCGCUGCGCGCCGUAUGGAAGAGCCGCUGCCGUACGCGACGAACUCGUCGCUGCCUCUUCCGUCCGCCUUUCAACAGCUCGUCACCUUCCACAAAGCCGUGGAGCAAGCCCUGCUCGUGCACAUGGCCACGCAUGGUGCACCGGCUGCCGAGCCAUGCACGUCAUCACCUCGGCGGCGUGUCGUGAUACCCCAUGUGCUGACCUUUCAGCGGCUGCGGCUGAUGGUCGAGCGUACGUGCCGCCGCACCUUUGAUAUCAACGACUUUCGGCGCCUCGUAUGGGUAUGGUCGCAUGCGCCUGGCGUGCCCCGUGAAACGAGCAUGGACACGGGCGGGAUGGGCUUCCUCGUGACGCGGACACGCAGCAUGGACGUGCAUACGCGGCGCAAAACGUACGACUGGGCCAUUGGCAUCGAAAUGGCUCUGCACCGCGCGCAUGCCCCCCCGCUGCAGGUGCAGUAUGGAUCGCCGCGGAACGGCGCCUCGAGUCCCACACCCGCGUCACCGCCUCCUUCCCCCACGCGCCGCGAGAACAUGAGCCAUCUGGCUAUAUGGAACGCGGGCAUCGACGACCGGCGCCGCGAGCUCGCGCAUCGACUGACGCAAGUCGUCGCUGCCGCUCAUGCCCAAUGGAUCGAGACGCACCAAUUGUCGCUGGACGACUGCCUCGAUGCGCUCGUGCCCGCCUCGCACACGGCCCUCACGCGUGCGAUGAUGGAGCCCGUUACGCCGACCAAGCGCGCCAACAGCACAGGUCUGCUCACGCCAUCAGCGUCGCGCUCCAAAGACGGCCAUGCAUCGCGCAUCGCUCCGUCGAUCGACGACAUGCCACCGCCGACGAGCCCGCUGAGCGCGCGAACGCUCCCAUCGACCCCGCCGCCCUCGACGCACAAGCGCGCCCUGGGCUCGCCGAUGCGCUCGUCGCCCCAGACGCACCGCCUCAUGCGCUGGCACCCCGACUUUGCUCUCGAGUCCAUGCCGCCUAUACCCCUGGCGCAGCUGCCGCCGCUCGCGGCGCCCCAGCCACCAGCGCCCGUAUACCCCACACCGGCACCGCCAGCCGCCCCGGCCCCAGGCCGCUCGCUCGAGGAGCGCAUUCGGGCCAAGGAGCAAGCCCUGCGCUCCUCCACGACGCAUUCGAUCGCGCAGCUGCAGGAGCGCUCGCUGCUUUCGCGUCUGGGCGACGUGGCCAAUACCAUCUAUCUGCUGUACAUGCCCCUGCCCAGCACACAGAGCCAGCACGGCCACGAGUCGAGGAUCUUGCCCCUCGACACGGUGCUCACGUCCCUCGAGCAGUCGUCGUCCCUGACCCGCGCCGAGAGCCGCUCAUGUCUCGGCAAGCUCGAGACGCUCGUGCCGGGCUGGCUGGAAGUGUGCACACUCCAGUCCAAGACCUGGCUCCGACUCCAUACCGACCCAGCUACCGGGCGCACACUCCGUGAUGUGCGCAGCAAGAUUCGUACCGCUUUAGCUACGUAUAGAUCAUGA